UGUGUGCACGGAUUGAAAAGUUAUUCGCUGUCGCUUUCUACGAUGAUUUUGCAGCGUUUUCUUAGUGUACAUGGAGUAUCACAAUAUGCAGAUGAUUACGGCGAAGCUUUACUCUGUACUGCAUGGACGUUGAUGUUGAAAAAGUUCCACCAAGAAUGUUUCCAUAGAACAUGAUGUUCUAGCCGCCAUGGGAUGUGUAAGGAGAUGUAUGUGCUGCGCAAUUCGUAUUUGUGUUUUCGGUAACCGACUGCUGAUUAAACUGGCAAGCAAAUGUACCAUUGACGCCAUGAGGUUCCUUACUUUGACACUGUUGCUUAGUUUAAGCAUAAGUACAGCACAGGGCAGUCCUGAUUCCGACUUUCAGAAGGUUAUCGAUGACUAUUGGGAGUGGCGACUUUUGGAGGCCCCAGAAUUCGCAUCCGGAAUUGACGUGCACACGUACGAUGACCGCGUGGAGCAGUUUGGAUUGGACGAUCUGGAUAGGAGAUUUAAUGAAGCGAACGCUUUUUUGAACCGACUGUCCACGGUGACCCGAAAUCAACUCUCGAGUGAACGGCAGGUCAGCUACGACAUUCUGAAUGACAGCCUAGAAGUAUUCAUUGCAGGAUAUGAAUGGAAAAAUUAUGGUCCGAUUAACCCAGUGAACUUUUUGGAAGGCAUGUGGACAGACAUAAGUGAUUUCCUGCCGCCUAAAUUCUCAACAUACGAGGACUUUGUCAACUUCUAUACCAGGGUCCACGGAUGGGGCAAUCAGACUGUGAACUACAUAAGAAGAAUGAGAAUGGCCAUAUCAGAUGGAACAACAAACCACUGGGUGUCUAUGGACGCGUCUAUUGGCCAAAUCGAUAAUCUCAUUGGCUCUUCCAACGAAAACUGUCUGAUAUAUGCUCCUUUCAACGAAGCCCUUGACAACAUUACAAUGCCAGAGGAUAAUAAGACAAAGCUCAGAACCGCAGCUGAUACAGCUUUUACAGUGUUUCGUGAUAACUUCACUGCACUCAAGACGUUCAUUGAGACGGAGUACAAAAAUGCUUCACGAAAGCAAUACGGCGUAAGCUCGUUUCCCCGUGGGAAGGACUAUUACCGAGCUUGCCUACGGUGGCACUUGUCGACGGACAUAACUCCAGAAGAAGUACACGCCCUUGGAGUUCAAGAAGUGGAAAGGAUACAUGGACAGAUGAAACAGGUCAUGACUAAACUGAAGUUCACGGGAACUGUGAAGGAAUUUUUCAACAUGCUCAAAAACAACAGUACAUUUAUUAUACAAUCAAAGGAGGAAACCAUCAACAGAUAUGAAGAGAUCAUUAACGUUCGUAUCAAACCUCGCCUGCAAAAGUUAUUCAAAGAUAUUCCUAACUAUCCUGUCAUAGUAAAGGAGAUGCCCUAUGACGGUCCAGUGGGAACGUAUUUGUCUGGCUCACCAGACGGGUCCCUUCCAGGUGUAUUUUACGCCAACGUCAUGAAACCAACAAACAAUCCGACGUACAUCAUGGUAGCCCUCGCAUUGCACGAAGCAUUACCUGGUCACCAUAUGCAGGAUAUCUACACCCGGGUCGCAACAGGGGUUUCUAAAUUUCAGAAGUUUGGCGACUACUCCAAAUAUUACUCGGUGCCUUAUCAUUUCCCGUUUUACACAGCAAAUAUUGAGGGUUGGGGAUUAUACUCGGAAUCACUCGGCGAAAAGGACUACCUCGAUGUCUAUGAUGACGAAUAUGAACUGAUGGGACGCUACAGCUACGAAAUAUUUCGGGCCUGCCGCCUGGUUGUGGACACAGGACUACAUUAUUUUAAUUGGACAAGAGACGAUGCCAUUGAGUAUGUACUGAACUACACGUCCUUAUCCCGGUCGUCAACAGAGACAGAGAUUGACCGUUAUAUCACCUGGCCUGGACAAGCCACGGCGUACAAGAUUGGUGAAAUCAAAAUAAAGGAAUUACGAAAACGAGCGAUUGAUGAACUUGGUUCAUUGUUUGAUAUUCAAGAUUUUCACUCCAUUUUCUUGGACUUCGGUGCUGCACCUCUGUCUGUCGUAGAGCGACUGGUCGAACAGUGGAUUAAAAACGUAAAAGAAUCAGACUCAUUUGAGAAGAUCUCGAGCGAGUUCUGGGACUGGAGAAUGUCUCAGUCACGUGAAUAUUCCACCACCACCGGCAUGCACAAGUUCAAUGACAUUCUCGAUUCGUAUGCAUAUUCUAAGUUUGAUGAUAACAAGAAGACAGCGGAUGACUUUUUGAAAAGAUUAUCGUGGAUAGACGGAAACAGCUUUACAGGAGAAAAGAAAAUUUCUUUUGAUGUGUUGACAAAUACUCUGAAGACUUUCGUAGCAGGCUACAAAUGGAAAGACUAUCAAGCCCUCAACCCGAUCAAUUUUCAAGAGCUUUGGUUUGCUGGACUUGAUUUGUUUGUCGAUAGAAAUGUUUUUGAUACGGAAGGAGAUUUCACAAACUAUGUCAGAAGACUGGAACUUGCACCUAAGCAGCUAGAUGAGAUGAUCGAGCUGAGCAAGAGGGCAAUUGCAAAUGGCAAUACAAACCAUAACGCUUCUGUGUCUCGUGUUCCUGAAAACAUCGAUGCGCUGGUUGUUUCACCAAAGGAAUCCGCUCUGUACAAGCCAUUCAAUGAAUCAGCUGAGAGAAUAUUUGGCAACAGAACGAACACAAUUGAAAAACGGCUCAUUGAUGCUAUUGAAUCUUUAAACAACAAAUUGCUUGAAGUGAAACAAUUCUUGAUCGAUGACUAUAUGCCUGCGACACGCCCCGGCCUGGGAAUAGGGAGUCUUCCAAACGGCAAGGAAAACUACCAGGCGUGUUUGUAUUUCCAUUCGUCAGUCAAUAUGACCGCUGAAGAGGUCCAUAACAAAGGAUUGGAAGAGGUGGCGAGAAUUGAAAAACUCAUAAGACAGAAAAUGGCUAACGUUGGCUUUCCGGAAAGCACGAGUAUAAAGGACAUGUAUGCAAAUCUAACAAACGAUCCAAAGUUUAUCCUGCCAUCGACAGCAGAGGUAUUGGCAAGAUUUAACGAGCUCAUACAUGGUAGGAUCGAACCUCUGAUUCCGAAAUAUUUCAAACAAGCUCCUUCUCUUCCUCUUGUAGUCCGUGGGAGCAGCACGGACGGAACUUCCGGGGAAUACAGGGUUGGGACACCGGAUGGGUCCCGUCCUGGAGUCUUCAUAGUCAAUCUUUUCUACCCAGAAUACAAUCCGACAUUCAAAAUGGUUUCCUUCAGUCUCCACGAGGCCAUUCCAGGGCACCAUUUAGCUGAAAGUUAUGGAAUCCUCGCCGAUAUUCCUAAAUACAUGCAAAACUUUGAAUGGAUCAGCUACAGUGCUCCAUAUUUCUUCCCCUUCUUCAACUCAUUCUCCGAGGGCUGGGCACUAUAUGCUGAAUAUUUAGGUGAAGAAAUGGGCAUAUACCAAAACGACUACGAAAUGCUGGGCCGUUACAGCGACGAAAUGCUUCGGUCAGUUCGCCUUGUGAUCGACACGGGUAUUCACCAUUACGGAUGGUCUAGAGAUCAAGCAAUAAACUACAUGCUUAACUACACUGCAAAGACUCCUCGUUCUGCAGCAACACAGAUAGACCGAUACUCUAACUGGCCAGGCCAGGCCGUUGGAUACAAGAUAGGUGAACUGAAGAUCAAGGAGCUAAGACAAAGAGCAACAACAGCUCUCGGGGACAAGUUCGACCUUGCCGAAUUCCACUAUACGGUAUUGAGGUACGGGGCUUUACCAUUGGACAUUCUUGAAAACGUGAUUGACAGUUGGAUAGCCGAUCAAAAGCAGAAUAGUACAACGCCUGACUGCAAAAACCCAGUUAGCGGCGUCACCAGGAACAUUCCAUGUUCAUGGGCCGUGGUACUGUUCAUCCUAGUAAUGCUAAAUAUGUAGUAAUAUCUCGAGGCAAUUAUGCUGCUUAGUAAUAAUAUUACGCCAAAUAAUAAGUCCUAUUUGCAAAUGUCUUUUCCGCAAAUAUAUAAAGAGGCAUUUUUCUUAUUCUAUGUGCUGUGAUCUAAGUGGAUUAAACUUGUAUAUAAUCAGUGCCUUAUGCAAAUGUCUUUUCCACAAAAAAUAUAAAAUGACAUGUUUUUUCUUGUUCUGUGUGCUUUAAACCAAGGUUAUUAAACUUGUAUAUAAUCUGUGCCUUAUGCAAAUGUCUUUUCCACAAGUAUAUAAUGUGACAUGAUUUCUUAUUCUGUGUGCCUUAUUAAACUGUCCUUUUCAAAAACAUAUUACAUGCCAUCUUUGUUAUUUCAAGCGUAUUAAACUUGUAUAAUAUCAGUGCCGUAUGGAAAUGCCCUUUCCACUAAAAUAUCAUGUGACAUAUUUCUUAUUCAGUGUGCUGUAAACAAAGUGUAUAAAAAUUGUAUAUAUUGAUAAUAAAUUCCAUAUUCAA